AGGAAAGAAGAAAAACCAUAGAGGAUUCCGACCUCAUUCCCCACUCUCUUUUCCAAAUCCGGUUUUCUCCAAAUCCCAUUCUCAGAAUCAUACAUCCAAGAAGAAGAAAACCGAAGAGAAGAAGGAAAAGAGUUAAGUGGGGAAUUAGGUUUUCUUCAAAUCUCUCUUUCUUCAUUGAUAUAAGAAAGCUUUCUAAUUCUUAGGCCUCCAAGAAGAAGAUCUGAUCAGGCGCGUGAGGAAGAAGAGGAAGAGGUUGAAAGAGAAAUUGGGUUUUUCUGUUCUCCUAGUCUUUUUCUUCUCAUUCUUUCGCAGCGCGCUUUUCGAAGAAGAUUUGAUCAGGCGAGUGAAGAAAAAGAGAAAGAAAUCAGGAAAGAAAUUGGGUUCUCUCUUUUAUCCUUAUCUCUCGUUCUUAUUCAUUUGUAGUGUGAUUUCUAAAGAAGCUCUGAUCAAGGACGUGAAAAGGAAGAGAAAGAAGUCGGGAGAGAAAUUGGGUUUUCUCUUUUCUCCCCCGUCGUUGAUUCUCAUUCAUUCAAUUCCGAAAAAGAUCUGAUCAGGCGCGCUAAGAAGAAGAGAAAGAGGUGAGGAGAGGAAUUAGUUUUCUCUGUUUUCUGUUUCUUUCUCAUUCAUUCGCGGUGCGCUUUCUGAAGAAGAUCCGACCCAUUGCGUGAAGAUGGGAAGUGUCGUCCAUAGCCUUUCAUAUUGGCUAUCUGAGCACCCAUCAAUCGUUGGAUUCCGUUGGAGUCAUAGCCAAUCAUGGGGCUCCACGUGGUCCUUCCUCUUCACCUCAAUCGCAGCCUACAUCAAUCUUUCUCUCUUCCUCCAUCUCUCCCUGGUUCUCUUCAGACGCCGCCGCCCAGUCCCACUCGGUCCUAUCCCAGCCAUCCACAGCCUUGCAAUGGCCCUGAUCUCUGUUGGGAUCUUCGCGGGGAUUCUCCUCUCCUCCGCUGCGGAAAUUCACGACACGCGUUGGUUCUGGAGGCGGUCCAAGACCCCUCUCCAAUGGUUCCUCUGUUUCCCGCUCGGGACCCGUCCAUCCGGCCGUGUUUUCUUCUGGUCAUACGUCUUCUACCUCUCGCGUUUCCUCCAGCUCUUCCGCACUGUCUUCUCCAUCCUCCGUCGCCGCAAGCUGAGCUUCUCCCACCUCUUCUACCACUCAAUUGUCAUAUUCAUGUCAUUCCUCUGGCUUGAAUUCUCUCAAUCCUUCCAGGUGGUCGCAAUCCUAUCGACAACGUUGGUCUACGCCGUUGUCUAUGGCUACCACUUCUGGGUUGCAAUUGGACUACCGAGCGCGUGCUUCCCGAUCGUUGUGAAUUGCCAGAUAUUGCUUCUUGGGUGCAACCUCAUUAGCCAUUUAGGGGUGUUGUUGCUGCAUUUUAGGAAAGGUGGGUGCAAUGGAAUUGGAGCUUGGGUCCUCAAUUCAGUUCUAAAUGGGGCCUUGCUGCUGCUGUUUUUGAACUUUUAUGUGAAGAUGCAUCUCAAGAAGAGCAAGGUGAUUGAUAGAGAUCCUUCAAAUCAUUCAAGCAAUGGCAUAGAGUUGAAGAAAGAUCAAUAGAGAGAGAGAGAGAGAGAGGGUAUAUGGUCUUGAUUUUUCUAAUCUUGGUGUCUGUCUUUGUAGUGUUUGUUUUCACUGUGUGAUGAUUUGGGGGGAGAAAGAUGAAAAUACCCCUUUUUGUAUACAAUGUUAUAUGAUGAGGCAAUAUACUCUUCUUGAUGCA